GUUAGUACCGAGUUGUGUGUACAUAUAAAUGGCGGCUGACGAAAAAUGGUACUUUACGAAAGAACAGCUUACAAACACGCCGAGCAGAAGAUGCGGCAUCGACGCGGAUAAGGAACUGAGCUACCGGCAGCAGGCAGCGAAUUUCAUUCAGGAUAUGGGACAGCGGCUCGUCGUGUCACAAUUAUGUAUCAACACAGCAAUAGUGUAUAUGCACAGGUUCUAUGUAUUCCACUCGCUGUCACAUUUCCACAGGAAUGCAAUUGCAGCAGCUGCAUUAUUUUUAGCAGCAAAAGUGGAAGAACAACCACGCAAGUUAGAACAUGUUAUCAAAAUGGCCCAUAUGUGUCUACACAGAGAUCAGCCCCCACCUGACAUCCGGUCUGAGCAAUACCUUGAACAAGCUCAGGAUCUGGUUUUCAAUGAAAACGUCCUACUACAAACAUUGGGGUUUGAUGUCGCCAUUGAUCAUCCCCACACACAUGUUGUUAGAUGUUGUCAACUGGUUAAAGCGAGCAAGGACUUAGCCCAGACUUCAUACUUCAUGGCAUCUAACAGUUUACAUUUAACAACCAUGUGUCUGCAGUACAAACCAACGGUGGUUGCCUGUUUCUGCAUACAUCUGGCUUGCAAAUGGUCCAAUUGGGAGGUAAAUAUUCCACAAAGUACGGAAGGGAAACACUGGUUUUGGUAUGUCGACAGGAGCGUAACUUCCGAACUUUUACAAGAGCUUACAGCAGAAUUCCUUCAUAUAUUUGAUAAGUGUCCAUCGAGAUUGAAAAGAAAAAUAAUGAGCAUAUCCGCCAAUCAAAGUCCAAGCAUUAAUCACCCUAGUUUACCGAAUUCACCUUUUGAUGCAGAACCCCGUAAAGUACAGUCUCCUGCGACGAUCGACGGUGGACCUACAUUCCAUACGAGUCGACCUCAUCAUACGGAGAAACAAGAAGAGAAGAAACAAAUUGUUCCCGCGCCUGCUAGACCUCCCGUCGACUACAGGGAAUAUCGAGAGAAGAAGGAACGCGAACGUUUAGAAAGAGAAAAGGCGACGGCUCCGACGACAGUUCCGCAGACUCACGCGUCGGAUAUCAACAAGCAUCAUUCGCAUCACCAUAAACCUGUAUCUAGUACAAACGUGCUGAACAAACAUCCAUUGCCUCCAGGACAGAAGACGCUUCAUCAUAAUCAUCAUCACAGGCCAGAAGUUAAAGUUGGACAGCCGGUACCUCAGAGACAUUCUAGUAGUACUCAAGCUAGGGAACCAAAUCGUGAUCCUAAUAGGCAGAGGUUACAAAGAGAGUACAAUUCGAGCACUGGUACAAGUAGCAGUAAUAAUAGUAGUAGUACUCUUCAUUCUCAUAGUCAUACGAUGCCGAAAGAUCCGAAUUUGGAUGGUAAUUCGUUAACGGAUUCCACCGCUCACAGACCGGACGUCGGAAGCUUACAAGAUCCAGUUGCCCAUGGAAACAUGCAAGAAAAACUUAGUAAUAAUAAUCAUAGCGUGCACAGAUUAAGUGGGAUAGAAAAUAAGCAUCAGGGUCACGAUAAAAGGAUGUACGAUCCGAGGCAUAAACCUGUAGAACAUAGAAAGGAUAACGAACAAAAACCAUACAAAUAUCCGGAUCCAACGAGAGUCGAACGGCAAAGAAAGUCCGACACGUUGGAACAAAGAUGCGAAGAAGUGAGAAAACUUAUUGAGAAACCAUUACCUCCGCCGAAACCUACCCUCGACGUACCAUACGCUUCAAACACACAAAAACAACCAGCUCAUCACGCUAAAUACAAUCAGUCGGAGAAGUUGCAGACCGGUAGCGGUUCUAUACCGAUCGAAGCGAAGCUCACGACCGCGCAGAGUUCGUUUACGCAAGAGAAAUCACCGACCAGUUUCGCUACGACUUGUUUGCUUGCUCAGAAAUCGUUGCCGACGAAGACUGUAUCCAGUCAGCAUACCGCACACGGUGUGUCGCAGAUCUUAAAGGACACGAUUAAGAACGGCAGUUCUCAAUCGUCGAGUUUAGCGUCUUUGAACAACGUCGACGAUCCGAAAACUGAGAAGCGACCGCGGUACGACGAACUAGAUAAAUGUUCGUCGGACAUUCAACAUAGUAUACUGCAUACACCUUCUGGCAAACCGAAAUCGCUGUUCAGUCCAGAGAAGGUACCGACGCCUCGAGAAUCCCACUCGCAAAGGCCUAAAUCUAAACAAAAGACGCCACCCUCGGCCGCAAAAGUUCCUAAACAAGAACGCGUACCAGAUACGUCGAUAGGUUUUAAUUUAGUAUCACCGUUCGCGAGCCCGCCGGGCUUGCAACAAAUAGAAGCUCAAUCGGUUAAACGAUCUGCCAGCGAUGUCUCGACUACCUUCCACAAGAGGCAUCGCGCUGGCAGUACUAGCGAUAGUGGACAGCAACAAGUGAAAGUGAAAAUGGAUGACACGUCCAGUUUCGAGGCUGUUAAGAUGCUCGGUAGGGUGCCAGAACUUAUACAACCAAUUAGAGACAAUCCUUCGGCGAACGGUAGAGCUACUCAAAUCGCGAACGACAUGAAACCGCCGGAGCUUAUAAAACCGUUCGAGGCCGAAUUAACGAGAUCGCGUUUCGGUGCAGUGGCGACGCAGCAACAGACAAUGUCGUCGAAUCAGCACGGUCUGACCAAUGGUUUGGACGCGAAUUUAAUUGCGAAGCAAGAAUCGCAAGAAUUCCAAAUUAAGAAGGAACCUUACAAGACAGACGUACCGAUAAAGAUCGAACAUUCGCAGACCAAAGGUGAAUAUUUAUCUCCAAUGAAAUCUGCUCAAAGUAUAAGUGCCCUGCUUCAGGAACCUUUAGCACCUUUGCCAUCGUUGCUGCAGAGUAUGCAUCAAUUUAGUCAAAUAACCACGCAACAAAUUCAUCAGGAACAAUAUCACCAACAACAACAGCAUUUGCAACAACAACAACAGCAUCAUCAUCAUCAUCAUCAUCAACAACAACAACAACAGCAGCAGCAGCAAUCUUUAUCUCAUUCUAUGUUAAUGACGGAUCAUCAGAUGUCCCUUCAGAAUCAAUGCCUCACUUUGGCAUCGAUCAGCGAGCCUGUUAUUGCCUCGACCGUCGACAUAAGCGCUCUUUCGGAACCCGUGCAAACCAGCACAGAGUCGAUGCUCCCUGUACCAACGUCGACCACCUUAACGCCUGCUCCGGCUGUCGAAGAGAAGAGGUCGGAGCAUCGAAAGAGCGAGAAGAAGAAGAAGAAGGAGAAGCAUAAACACAAAGACAAAGAGAAGAGCAAGGAGAAGCACAAACACAAGCAUAAAGACAAAGAGAAACAUCGCGAGAAGGAUAAAGAGAAAGGCGAAGAAACUGUGCCAGCUGUACCGAUCAAAAUAACGAUCCCAAAGGACAAGUUGAACCUGAGCACCGAGUCGACAAGCAGCACGGUUGGCGGAGCCGCGUCAGCGGAGAAGAACAAAUCCCCUCAGAAUACAAGCAUCAAAAUCAUCAUCCCUAAGGAACGGUUGAGAACCGACAACGUGUCCAGUUCACCGGCUCAGUCGGUGGUUCAGGCACCGUUGAAGAUCAAAAUCCGUACCGACGGUAUCUCGAGGAGUUCCGCGGCUGCUCCGUCCACCACGACGACCAGUACGAGCAGCAUAGUUCCGGAUUUCACGACAGAGGGCCGGAAACGCGAUCGUUCAGACGCUAAGGAGAGCCAAAUGACCAAUCAGCCAACAACGAAGAAGCAAUCGCAGGUCUCGUCGGCGGGUUACGGGCAGCAUCGACCAGGCGAACGGCAGAACGGCAGACAUUAUAGCUCGGGCAGCAAUAACAAGGUACGUGGAGGCGGUAGAGGCGGCCGCCAGUAUAUCGGGCGUGGUCCACCACCAGCAGGAUCGGCGGGCCAUUACAAUGUUCCCGGCCAGCGGGACGGCUACUAUCAACAAGACACCUACAAUAGUAACAAUACCCGUAAUCCUCAUCAUUCCCAUCCACCACCACCACCACCGUCGGCACGCGGCGAUCCGGCUGGCUACACGAGACCCGGCCACGUGAAUCAAUCCCAAACGGAUUCGUAUUUCUUCGCGAAUUAUCCGCCUCCCUCGAUCUACAAUCCCGCCGGGUACAUGUACGACCCUGUCAUGUACUAUUCGCCGUAUCAGCAACAGUACUCGAUGUAUCCGGCGGGUAACGUGAUCAUGACGCCCGACGGUGCCAUCGACACGUCCGUGCCGCCGCCAUCCUUACCACCGAACAUGCGACAGAAUCAAAAUAUGAUUCAGCUCGCGUCUGCUCGGCAGGAAUCCAAGACACCUCCACCGUUGCCGAGCGGGCCACCUCCUAGUUCCUCGCCACCUCCACCUCCUCCUCCACCGGAAUAACGUUCGUAUGCAAAUAUCCUGUCUUGUAGUGGACUUCACAGGUAGUCUUUUUCCAGAAUGAAACUGAAACAGAAAAGGAAGUAGUUAAGAUUAGCACUACUGCAGCCACUUCCUUAGUGAAGUUUUUUUUUAGUGCAAUGUUUUUAUUUCUCUCCCACUCUCUCUCUUUCUCUCUGAAUAUUUUUAUAAGAAACUAUGAAAGAUUCGUUGAAAUAUAUGAAACGAGCGAAGGAAGUGGCUGAAGGAUUCCCGUAGAAACCGAUUUGCGAUCUUAAAGGAAUAUACUUUUCACCCUCGUCUUUAUCCUUCUCUUCUUCUCCCUUUCCAGUUUUGUGAAUGGUAGAAGUAGCAGCAUGACAUCGUACGAUCUCUAUUAUUCCUAAUGUUACAAUUAUUACCACUUCGGUCUUUUCACCUUUGUACCUGUAGCGCAUCUCUCCUUAGAGUAGUUAAUGAGUGUGGUUUGAGGACAAAUUGCAAGGUCCGUCGCGAGCAUCCUCGGGGAUGAAGUAUAACUGCAUCGCGAAGAGGACCGUUUGCUAUUUGUACCAGGGAUUAAUGGUAAUUGGAUCGUUUCGUCUGAUUACGAACGCGUUUAACGUUUCUUCUGAAUGAAUUUUCAAUUCAUUAAUUAUAUCAGGGAUACUCGAAGGUUUCCGUCGUUUUAUUUCUUAAUAAAUUAAAAUAGUCGAUCGCUGUGUGCGAUCGAUUAUUAAGCCACGUGGUAUCGUAAAUGAUGGAAACUUUUACGUACCCUUCAUAUUUUAAGGAGUAUCUUUUUUUUUCUCGAAAAGUAGCUCUAACUUGAAGAAAGAACGUCGUUUUCGUGAAGAUCGAACGCAACUGCCAGAUCGAAGAUGAAAAUGGAAAAUCAUGUUUUGCGCUUACGGUCAAACGUUGAUAGAUUUUAAUUAACGGAAUGCUCAAUCCUUUGAAAGCAACAAACGAAAAAGAGAGAGAUUAGCUUUCUUUUUUUUUUUCUUUCUUUCUCUGUGUUAUAGCAUAAAUGAAUUAACAGAAAGAUAUUCCUUUGCUGGCAAAGGGUUUCGAUGAAACGGCGGUGUGCGGAGUGUUGCGUUUAUCGUGGAAUCGGAUCGUCGAUUUUCAAACGGGUAAAUGGCUAUAGAAACUUACAAGGUUACUUAAAGAACAAAAAGAAAAAAAAAAUAUAGAAAAUGAAAAAAAAAAAAGGAUAUAAGAUGUAUAUCGUAUACAAAAUGAAGCGGCGAGAAUGCUCAGAGCAUAAGUGUAAUUAUUCGUGUGAAUUUCAAGUGUACGUAUUUGUAAAGGUAUAUAUACAUACAGUUUUGUUGAAAUUAACAAAUUGUAUAACUAUUAACCCUUUGCGAUCCGAACAUUCAUCUAACCAAAUUAAUUUUGACUACGCUUAUUCGCGUUGAGUGUUGAUUAAUCUUAUUCUAAGCAUCGAAACGGCCAUACUUGACCCCAUGAACUUUGCGUACGUUUUCAGAUGAACGUAUAAGAUUGCAGAGGAGAGCAAAGGGUUAUUGAAAGAAAAUAUUGCAUUACAGUGGUUAAAUAAUUUUGCAGUAACUGGGAAAAAGAGGUGCAACUCUUCUAUAAAUUUCCUUUUUCUUUAUCGACGUCGAUUUGCUCGUAUUCUUUCAUAAAAUAAUAACGAUAUGAGAAAUAGUAGCUUGUACAGUAUCGAGCAUUUAAAUUUUCCGCGGAAAGGGUCGAGGACCCGGGGAAAGUGUGGCCUAAGACAAGGGGCUCCGCAAGUGGAGGAAGGGUUGCCUACGGAGAGGGGCCUGAAAUUGGAGAAAGGGUUAGCUACGCCCAGGGGCCUGAAAUUGGAGAAAGGGUUGCCUACGGCAAGGGGCCGGAACUCGGCAACCCUAUAGGCAAAGAGGCAGAACAUCCCCAUCUUCCCUAGGGAUUUUUAUCAUGCUCGAUACUGUACAUAAAAUUACUAUGAAAUCUCGUUAUUAGACCACGACUGGUAGAUUCAUUAAUUUCUUUUUUCCAUUAGUUCUUUACAGUUGGUUCACGCGGUCGUUUUCUCAGUUAACGAAAAACUGGAUGUAAUUAUUCAACUACUAGUACAUACUCUUUGUUAUUUUUACAAUUUGAAGCCGCUUAUGCGAAUUUCAAGUACCUGUACGUGAACGCGUGAACAAGUCUUUCUUCUUUUUGAAAAUUUUCAAGAUUACGACUGAUCGAGUGUUUAUCCGAUAAGAAAACAAUGAAUUUUUCAGUUGUCAACGAUUCGAUGAGAUGAUCGGUUGAUUAAACGUUGUCGAGCCUCUUUGAGUGUACGUAGUUUGUUUUUUAUAUUUAUUUAAAGUAUACCGUGACGCGUAUAGAUUUUCUUUUCUUUUUAUCAAUUUAUUCACGUCAUUGACAAUAUAUAUAUAUAUAUAUAUAUUUAUAAUAUAUAUGUAUGUACAACAAAGUAAGAAUAAUCAUUGAAUGUAGAAUGGAUAUUAUCUCAGGAACGUGUUGAAGAAGAAAAAAAAGAAGCGAGAGAUAGCGUGAUUAAUAUAUUACAAAAUAAAAAAAGCUAUAUAUUAUAUGAAUCUAUUAAGAUUGCGUUUAUAUUUUACACGCAACACGCGAGUUCUGUAAAAGCGUGUGUUAAAUGUGAUUUGCCAUUGUGACGGACAAGAAUAUAUUUGAUCGCUAGGCGUUUAUUAGCGCAUCGAUGUCAUUGUUUGUUAUUGUUAUAGUUAUAUCGUCGCAACGUAGUAUUUUCAACUAAUAGACCAUUUACAUGUGUACUGUGUGAUUGCUAUGAUCGUCGUCUAAAUUCAAUUACCAAACAAUGAAUUUUUCGAUAAUAAUUUGUUUGGAUAAUUACAUUAAUAUUUGAAUAGAGAAAUUUUCACAGAAGAGAUUAUUUUUCGAAAGGAUGUUACAUACCUUUGUUCGUCGAAGAAAAUUUAGAAACAAUCCUAAAAUAAGUCUGCAUCGUGCCCCAGGGGCAAAACAUUCAGGAAGAAUUAAUUAAUUAAAUUAAAAGUGAAACAGUGCAAUUUAGUGUUUGUUCUUCCUGGAUAUGUUUCAAUCGAAUCGAAAACGAAAAUAUCGAAGCACCAUUCCGAAACGCGAGAUGCAAGUGUGUAGGAUUUGUGUGCGGUGUGAAAAAAAAAAAGAUAAAAAUAAUUAAAAAAGAAAAAAGAAAAGAACCUACGAGAGAACGUAAACGGUAUCGGCCUAGUUUAAAAAAAAAAAAAAGAAAAAAAAAGAAAAAAAAAUGAACUGUGCAAUUGUACGAGUCGUACGAAGACAAAAUAAUUGCUAAGGUAAAUUAAUGUAGGUUUUGUACUCUCCGAUAGUGAGAAAUGAAAAGAGAGUUUUAUAUAUAUAUAUAAAUAUAUAUAAAGAAAGAUAUUAUAUAUACACGAUAGUGAUAAUAAAAAAUACGAAGCCCACGUAUGUGACCAGCGAUUGAGUGAUAUGGACAAAAUUGACGUAAUGUUUGAUUUAUAAAAAGAGGGACAGGAGAUGUGUAAAACAUUGCGAACACUGCAUCAAUACUGUACACAAUGUAUAUCGAUCACUUGUCGCGUACGUUACCUGCCUAAUUAUCUAUGAUAAACACCUGCGUUUAGACUUACAACACGGUGGACCAGUCGUAACGAUCAUUUUAUCCAUUCAUUUUUCAUUUAUUUUCAUCUACAAAGUUUAUAUAAAAAGAAAAAGAAAAAGAGAGAGAGAUGUUAUAUUUUUAUCAUGAUAUUUCAUCAGCUUAGAAAUCAUCGAAUAUACUUCGUUUUAUUAAGUAACGCGGGUGUUUAGGAGAAUAUUUCAAUUGUUAUAAAUCAUCAUAGAAAACAGGUAUCGUACGCGUCAGGUGUUCGAUCAAGAAAAGAAAUAAGCAUCAGCAAAUAAACGUUCUAUGGAAACGAAAA